CCGGCAACAUAAAUCCCCUUAUUGUCGCACCAUCAUGACAGCUACACCCUCACUGCUAAUCGCUUCACCUAAAACCCUCACGACCGUCACAAUCCCAAUGCCGGUAACCGCAGAAUACCUCGAAGCCUUCGCGCCGAUCAAAUGGGCAAUCCCCAUCCUCAAGUCUCCCGGCUGGAUAUCGCGACCCCGCGGCCGCGACACGGAGCCCGAUGACAACGCCGACCGUUUCUGCCGCGACACCAUACGCAGCUACGACGGUACACAGCAAUGGCUAGAACUAUAUCAGAAACCUGCUGCCGAAACAAAAACAGUAAUGAAAACGCUCUCGCUAUGCAAAUACGGCACCGGUCUCAGUGGGUUCCCCGGAAUCUGUCAUGGCGGUGCUGUAAUGACACUCAUGGACGAAGCGCUCGCAUUCGCCAUGGUGGCCAACGAGACAGAGAGUCGAGGUGCUUGGGUUGGCGUAGAUCUGAAAUUGAAGGAGUUACAUGAAACGGGCCGGCCGUUGACAGAGGUGUUGAAGGGAUAUAUGGUUACCGCGAAGCUGGAUAUGAAGUUUCUCAAGCCAGUACUGUGUCCCGGCGUGGUGGGGAUUGAGGUCGAGAUGGUGGAGAAGAAGGGGCAUAAGAUGAGAAUGAGAGGGGUGAUGAGGGAUGGGGAUGGGGUGCCGCUUGUGCAGGCGGAGGGUUGUAAGGAAUGCGUUCUUGGCUGUAGGUCAGCAGAGGUCACCGUAAUUUCAUCUUUCAAGUCCAAAACUCAGGGACUGAAAUCACCCACGUGUUCAACUUCUGGCGAUGCAGAUGCUGCUCAGUGUCUUCAAGAACCAUACCCAUUUGAACAGCUUUGUGAACACGUAGCCGGGAGACGUGCCGGCUUCAAAGAUAUGCUCAACAUUCUUGCGAAACUAGACAGCCCAAAAUUACCAUUUGCAUAUUCUUUGUAUGGCAAUGGAGUGGCUAGGAUUCGGCGAAUCUAUCUGCGCCAUUUCAUUGAAAAGCUUCUAAAUCCCAAAUCCUUUAUUUCGAACCCGAACCUAGCACAACCCCUCUGUUUGGCAUCCUUUCUAGUUUCGGAAAUUGAAAGGGUUGAGUCGGUAAGGUUCAGAGCUGAAAAGGAAGACAAUAGCGCACGGACAAAUACCGCGUCCAAUGGUACAGUAUAUACUCACCAUCUCGAAUGGACUGCUGACUAA